GAAUUUAUUUAAAUCACAAGUACCAAUGCACCUAAUUCAGAUUAUAUAUAUAGACACCAUACUGUGUCACAUAUAUCUAUCAUUCCAAAAUAAAUAUAAUAUUCAAGAAAAAAAAUGAAGUCCAUUCAAGCUUUCUUUAUUGUUUUCUCUCUUCUCAUGGUUGCUAAUAUGAGUUAUGGAAGAAAGGAUUUGGGAGAAUAUUGGAAGAAUAAGAUGAAUGAGCAAGUUAUGCCAGAAGCAAUUAAAAACCUAAUUAAAGUUCCAGUUCAAGAAAAAGAAGAUCAUUCUUUUAUUAAGGACUUUGAUGUUCAUCCUAAUAUCAUAUUUUAUCAUCAGAAACAUGAGAAGCAAAUUCCAAGUGAAGUAAAACAAGAUGAUUCUUUUGUUAGGGACUUUGAUGUUCAUCCUAAUAUCAUAUUUUAUCAUCAGAAACAUGAGAAGCAAGUUCAACUUUGAAAUUAUACCUAUUUGAAAUAAAUAAAUAAUAAACUAGUAGAUUCAUAAAUAUAAAUUAUUAUGAAGGCAUUGUUAUGACUAUAUUAUUAUAUAUUAUUAUCAACUAUGUCAUCAAAUAAUGAAAGUAUCCCUUCUGUGCUGUA